AUGUCUUCUUUUCUAGACCGCUGGAUUUAUAACCGCUCCAGGGGUUCCUACUCUGGGACAUAUAAUUUAACUACAGGUACCUACAAUACAUCAUCGGGUACACCAAUAUCUACUACUGAAAAAGCUGAACAUUACGAAGCUUCAAAAUCUCCUGGCACUACACCAAAUCUUCGUAAUGUACCAUAUGCAUACUAUAAAAAGGAAGGAAAACAUGAUAAAAUGGAUGGAGAGAUUUUAGUCCAUCCCAGCACAAGUGCUGAAACAAAGAAAUUAAUCAGUGAAAUGGAACGGAGAGGUUCCACUUCCUCCACUUCUUCUGAAGAAAGUGGAUAA